AUGUUCACAUCAAGUCAAGCUACUGCUCUUAGAUGCACUAAGAAUAGAUGUGCUGAACAGCCAGACCCUAUGAGGAAUAAAGAUGUGGAUUCACCUAACCCUGUUUCGUUUAUAUCAAAGGGUUGCAAUGAGACUAAUCGAGAAGCAGCGUCGUCUUUGAUUGAAUCUCAGCCACCCUGCCCCCCACACGAGCAAACAGAGAUCAAUCAGCAUGCAGCUUCGAAUUACAAUCAACUAGGCCACUUGAAUAGUGUAGUGUUGCAUCCGAAUCCUCCCCUAGAGGAUUUCCAGGGGUGCGAAGUCGAUGGUGACAACUCCCUACACCACCCUACUAACACGUUGAGCCAUCUGGCUCAAAAGCGGAUUCAGAGAGGGGGGGGGUCGGAAAGUUACCAAAAUGCAGCAACGCUGCUCGCUGCGGUGAGUACCCCCUCGGAUGCGUACACUGCGUUUGAACAGGAGCUUCUGGAUGAGAUCAAUCAGCUGCGCUGUGAUCCUGCUUUUUAUGCAGUACUGUUUGAGAAUGAGGCCACAUUGGGCUACCCUUUUAUCUGUAUGGAGGACGAGUAUUACGCUACCGAUGCAGCUGCGAGCAACGCCCAUGAAUAUCAUCCUGAAUCUUUAUUGGAAGCCGUGUCACGCGUCACCAGGACUGCGUGUCCUCACGGGCGUGAGGAAAUCUCCUUGUUCUUGUCGUCUCGCAUUGCUUCAGAACCCCAAGCAAAUCACCAAUCCAAUGAACACAUCAUCACCCAGUCUAAAAAUCAGAAAACGAGGCCGAACUCCCUGAUGCAACAGGUCCCACCUAUUGUGAGUACUUCAUCCUGCCCCGGGUCAGAACCUCUCUCUACCCGUUCAUCAAGUAAAGGUCGGGGUCGUUCGGCGCGGGCAUCCGCCAUGACACAACACCGCUUGAAUAAGUCCAAUGCGUCCGCGAGCGGCCAAGGUGCUCAUUUAAAUGUUCAUUCCAGUGCUACUAGUUCCGCUGGAAGCCCUCAACCAUCACUUUUUCAGGCAGCGAAUGAUGCAACUGUAACUCCUUCCACCCUGAAAAAACAAGGACUUACUGAGAUGACGUUGGAGCAGCUGGGAACACACCUUCGCCGGCAUGAACUGCAUCGCUUUGCGUUGGAGAGGGCGGCAGAGGACAUCCUAAUACGGUGGCAGCUGGCUCAACUCGCAUUGCAGGACGCAUCAAGUGUGGAAGACGAUCGGAUUAGUAAGAGGGGUGGUAAGGGGCAGCAUGUCACUUCCAAGGAAGGCAUGACAGGCUGUACUCUAUCAUCGCGCGCCGGGGCUUUUCCGCAAACGGGCUCCCAUCGGAAAAGCCAUGAACGUGCCACAAGCUCGGAAGGGGUUCAUCAACAGCGCUUCGAGGUUGCUGAGAAGUUGAGGUCCAUUUUUGCGGCACACCUACGCGCAAUACUGGAGAAGAUUUGCUUAGAGCAUUUGAUUUGUAAACGAUCGAUGGAUGGCGCCAACCUUAUUCUGGAUUGUGUACAGGCCCUUAGGCAAGUUUCACCAGUCCCACCGUUGCUUCCUAGAAGGGGUCUUUAUCUAGCAGCACGUAGUGUCAGCCUUUUUCAUCAUGCUCUCGGUGACUGUGUAUCCAAAGCACCAGCGUCGAGUUCGUCAAACAUGCUGCUUAGCCCAUGCUCAGCAAAUCUGCGUGACGGGAGGGAGGUGAAGUUGCUACCCCUUCUAUCAAGUCUACAGGACAACCUUCCGAUGUCAAUUCAGGAGGGCGGUGAUGUGAAGCCUGUUCAUGUCCUUAAGGAGUGGGUGAAGAGUCAGAAAAACCAGGCCACUAACUUCUUCAAUGCCAACACGCAGCUUCUCGCCCACCGGAUUUCUGUAGAGGCUAUUGCUAAAGACAUCACUUGCAUUGCUCAUAUGGCUCACGAAGCAUGUGGCAAGUAUGGUCAGAUUGCCAAUCAGUUGCGAGGGAUCCAAGUCUAUGGAUCAGGCAAGGCCAGAGAGGUGAUCAUACGUGCAAUUCUAGGUGUAUUAAUCCCACAGUUUGUUAUUCAUGGGGUGCAUUUUCCUGAAGCUAUAAAGCGCGAUUCAACGGAGACCGUCGACCGGCUUCUUACAGAUCGAGAGAUCUCACGUCUUUUCAAAUUUAGUAUCUUUAGCGGUACGUCUCGACAGGGUGGGACCGACCGCGCGACAGCUCCGGAGGCCAAUAACAUCUCAGAUGAAGCCCAUGAUGAGGUAGAGUAUACAGGAAUCAUGCUGUGCGGUACGUAUCAUCCUACGACAAUGGGUGCCCUUGUUCAGCGUCUGCUUGAACAAGACUCGGAUCCGACAUCGCGGGGCAAAAGAGUGGUUGCUGCGGCGCAUCGCCUUGGUCCGCUGCUGUGGCGCGACGCGCGUGUGGUGGGGAUCGGUUGGCAACGUGCUUGCCGCCCACUGACGUACGAUGAACCUGACCAAUGCAUUGCAAAUACAGGGGGUCCCGAUGAAAAGGAUCGAUCCCAGAGCAGUGACUAUAUCUGCACGACCAUAGUUCUUGCCACCGAGUAUGAGGAGCUGGAGUUGAUUGCAAUGAACAAACAUGCAUCCCUGGAAGAGGUGAAUCGUAUUGUGCAGCAGUGCCAGGAGUUGAAUAAUUUGCUGCCUGAAAAUUUUUCACUUCCCAUUCUGGAUGGUUGUUCCGUUUCAACUGAAGGGAUUAGCGCCAUGAAAGACAUCAGCCAGAUGAUCACAAGCACUACGGUCGCCGACUUACCGGUGAUGGUGGAUCUGCAUUCGAACCUCGGCGUCCAGAUUUUGCACCCGAGGUGCCACCCCCUCAUGUUGGAAGUUGACUUUACUUCUCACCACUCAGGGGUGGCUGUAGUGGUACUGCGCGCGGAUAGAAGGCGUGUUCAAGUAAGAGCCUCCCUGUCCGCUUAUUCAGCUAUCAAUCCCUCCUCCUGGGCUUCUUUCCCCCCACCAGAGAUGCAGGCCUCACCGGAAGUUUUAAUACAGCGCAGUGUGGUGGACCGUGAUGUGGUGUUAAUCAUGAUUGACACCAUGUCAGUUACCAAUGAGUUCCUGCAGGUAAUGCAGACACCAGACUCUGACUCCAGCACUGCCAUUUCAUACCCGCUGCAGGACACUGUUCGUUUUCUACACAUCUUUGAGAAGCCAAUCAAGGGGAGAGACAUAGGUCCCACUAAGACCAUAGACGUUGUGACGGGGUAUUCAUUUAUUGGCUUUAUUAGAUUAGUGUUUCAGGCGAAGACUAAGCUGUCUUGUCGCAACGGAAUGGUAAAUCAUAGUCCAAGGAAGUUGUUGGUUUCCUCAGAUGGAAAAUUACGGAGCACUGCGUGCGCCACGCCUCGAGGAAGUGCUAUUCAGGCGGCACUUGGCCUGCGCUCGACAGAGGUUAGCACACUCGGCGCUAGGAAAGGCCGAUCUCACCGCAACGAGAGGAUAUUCCAGGCAGGCGGUGCUUCUGUGGCUCGUGGUGGAAUUUUUUUGCCCCCGCUCUAUGAGGCCUUCUUGGCACAUUUUGAUUUUAGUGCUAGGGCGGCUCCCUUAGAAUAUUUACAUGAUGGUCUUCCUGCAUUAGAUGGUACAAGAGAUGCUUUAUUCGCUGCAGUCGCCGGCACGUGUAGUGGGUGGCCUGACAUUUCGGCCGAGUUUACCGACCGCGGCGGGUGCAUCCUUUCACCCCUUGUUUCCACUCUUCUUUCUGAUUCUGGAAACACUCCGGUGCGGUUUGCCGUUUAUUUACCAAAUGAUUAUCAAAAUCGCGGAAUCGCGUUGCAACAGAAAGAGGCACUCUUGGAGCUCCUGCGAUCUCUCGAGGAAAUUGAGGCCGCUGAGGCGUUAAAGGAGAGUACUGAUAUUGCGUUGAUGCAGGAGGAGACACAAAACCAAAUCGAUACGCCAUGUGAGUCUGACGCCGAGUCUAGAGAGAAGGCUGGGACCCUUUCCAGACAAGUCAGCUCACAUGGGGAUGGGAAUGCAUAUGUGACAGCUGGGACUGAGAUCCAAUUGGAGGAGGCUGUUUCAGCGAGUGCUUGUGCGAGUGCGGAUGGUGAGGGAACCCAUGCUGACAGUACUUUCCCUACUCUUGAAACAAUCCAUCAAAAGGCAGAGCUUGGCCGUUCCAAGAAGGGCCCGGGUAAAAAUAUUGUCGACGAUAGAAGCAGCAGUCCGGGCGGUAACAAGCGAUCCAAAAAAGAAAAGUCACCAGAUGAAAGGCGAACUGGUUCUCCGAAUUUGAGGGCGGAACAGAAGGGUUCGAAGUUGCAUCUUCGCAGAAAUGGCAGCUUGAGUACUCUCAAACAGAGCGUACCUCGGGAACUUGUAAAUCCUGCGGUCGCGAGAUUGCAAGGCUCAUCACUUGUACUCUUCGAAGAUGGGAAUAUUGACCUCUUUCGCUUGUUUGAUGCUCCCCCGUCCAAUCUUGGGAAUGCGGCAGUUAAACAGACUGGGAGCAUACCCCAGGCCCUAACCCAUAAUAUUCUUAUGUCAAUGAGCCUUGCCCGUUUGCGUAAUCUUGUGGAUGAGCAGGCCCGUUUAUUAGGUGAGCGGCGUGCACUACUGAUCAGAAUCGAGGGCAUCCUUUGCGAUGAGCUUCAGCGUUUAGAGGCGGAAGUGCCCAAGCGAAAGGGCCGUGAGCUCAUUAAAUUAAAACGCGAUGAGGAGGAUAUCAAUCUCCAGCUGGAGCAGAUGCGUGCAAUUGUUCAGAACUAUGAAAAGGAGGCACAACACUCCAAGGAGGUACUUACAAGGCGGACUCGAGAUCAAAUGCUACGGCGCGCACGCCUGAAACAUGUGAAGGCACACCUGGCAGCGCUUUGCGGAUCAGGGAAUAACUUUGAGGACGGUACGGGAAGUAACGAUGACCCACCUCUGUUAUCCGAGGUGGGUGAGCCCUUGUCAUUGUCCUCAUCGCCGUACGACGUUAACAUUUGGUUUGUCCCAAAGAACAGUUUACCCCACGCCCUGCGAGUUUCUUCGCAGGUUUUCCCAAUCAACAAGACCCACAAAAAUGCUGCAUGUGCUCCUGGCUUAAUGACAACACAGGCUCCAAUCACUACCAGUGCUAAUAACAUAGUUCACCUGAUGCGGGUAGAGCUACCGGGCCAACCUCAGUCCUAUUGUUACGAGGCUACGGUACAGGUUCCCAGUUCAUUGCAUGGGUGCGCAGUGUUGCUUGUGAAUGGGUAUAAAUGCGCCCUUUGGGAGCUGUAA